AUGAAAUCGGUUUUAGAGGACGACAAUUCACAGAACUGGGAAAUAAAUAAUGAUCUAUCGUUGCCAAGACAAUUGAAUGUGAUAAAAGAUGUUCCAAUUAAAAAUCAAUUAUCUCCACAAACUAUAAAGUUGGUAUUAGAAAGAAUUCGCAUUAGAAAGGAAUCGAAACGGAAAAAUCAAACAAGUCAAACUGGAUCUACUGAGUCACCCACUAAUUUCGUUAAAAGUAAAGAAUUUAAGAUCUAUCUAUGUAAUGUUUAUUUUAAACUAAGAAAUUUAGAAAACUUGAGUGUAUUUAGCAAGAUCGUAAUUUGUAAUAGAGUAUUUAAAGAGAUAAUGGAAAAAAUUUCUCAUGAUUCGCAGACUUCAUUUGUAAAACCGUCCUCGGAGACUGAAACAGAUUCAUCAAUAGUUUCGACUAAAGAUUCUAUUCUACCAAGUUUAACAACAUUGUCUUCAAUGAUUACUACGACUGAAUCAACAUUAACAACAGUAACUACUGGAGCAACGAAGACUACGAAUUUCACGACUGAUUUGACGACAUCUCCAGGGGAGACAACUUUAUCGAUGGAAUCUGUAACCGAUACAAUAGCUUCUGAUUCUACAUUUACUAAAAUGGAGAAGAAUCCAGGUACGGAUUCAACGACGGAAACAACAACACUUCUGAACGAAGUUGUAUUUACAUCGACAACAGAAAAUUCCGAUUCAAUUCCUGUAGAUAAUAAUACUGAAAUAAUAACAACCACUACUUCAAUUUUACUGACAAUGUCUUCAACUCUUGGGUCUGUUGGAACAUUAGUACCGAUGACCGAAACUUCUACUAAUAUUUCGAUGACUAAUGAUACAGACAAUUUUACAUCGACUUCGCCAAUGCCCACAACAGUAUCCUCUACUGAUAUUUUGAUGACAACGAAUUCAGAAAAUACAACUUCAACUAUUUCGUUAUUGACAACCGAGUCUCCAAUAAAUGUGCUGUUAAAUCUAAAUAGAGAUGAUUUUGAUAUGGAUGCUGAAAUAUUAAGAACGAAUCAAACAACUGUGCCUAUAAUUACAACAACAAUGACUACACCUUAUAGGCUUGAAACGACUCAUACCGAAAGUCCAUCGUCUGUCACUGAAGUAUCAACAACAGAGCCAUCGAUAGAUGUAGAUACGAUCAAUGAUACCAAUAAUGCAACAGUACAUAAAUCCACCACAACAACUGGUACUGGCACAGUUGUUUCAAUACUAUCUAAUAACACUCAUACCGAAUUUAAGCCCGUAAUCUCAACUACAUUGACUCCAGUUGAUGCGUUUGGAACGACUCAUACCGAGAAUCCUUCGCCGGUCACUGAAGUAUCAACAACAGAGCCAUCGAUAGAUGUAGAUACGAUCAAUGAUACCAAUAAUGCAACAGUACAUAAAUUCACCACAACAACUGGCACUGGCACAGUUGUUUCAAUACUAUCUAAUAAAACUCAUACCGAAUUUAAGCCCGUAAUCUCAACUACAUUGACUCCAGUUGAUGCGUUUGGAACGACUCAUACCGAGAAUCCUUCGCCGGUCACUGAAGUAUCAACAACAGAGCCAUCGAUAGAUGUAGAUACGAUCAAUGAUACCAAUAAUGCAACAGUACAUAAAUUCACCACAACAACUGGCACUGGCACAGUUGUUUCAAUACUAUCUAAUAAAACUCAUACCGAAUUUAAGCCCGUAAUCUCAACUACAUUGACUCCAGUUGAUGCGUUUGGAACGACUCAUACCGAGAAUCCUUCGCCGGUCACUGAAGUAUCAACAACAGAGCCAUCGAUAGAUGUAGAUACGAUCAAUGAUACCAAUAAUGCAACAGUACAUAAAUUCACCACAACAACUGGCACUGGCACAGUUGUUUCAAUACUAUCUAAUAAAACUCAUACCGAAUUUAAGCCCGUAAUCUCAACUACAUUGACUCCAGUUGAUGCGUUUGGAACGACUCAUACCGAGAAUCCUUCGCCGGUCACUGAAGUAUCAACAACAGAGCCAUCGAUAGAUGUAGAUACGAUCAAUGAUACCAAUAAUGCAACAGUACAUAAAUUCACCACAACAACUGGCACUGGCACAGUUGUUUCAAUACUAUCUAAUAAAACUCAUACCGAAUUUAAGCCCGUAAUCUCAACUACAUUGACUCCAGUUGAUGCGUUUGGAACGACUCAUACCGAGAAUCCUUCGCCGGUCACUGAAGUAUCAACAACAGAGCCAUCGAUAGAUGUAGAUACGAUCAAUGAUACCAAUAAUGCAACAGUACAUAAAUUCACCACAACAACUGGCACUGGCACAGUUGUUUCAAUACUAUCUAAUAAAACUCAUACCGAAUCUAAGCCCGUAAUCUCAACUACAUUGACUCCAGUUGAUGCAUCUGGAAUGACUCAUACCGAGAAUCCUUCGCCAGUCACUGAAGUAUCAACAACAGAGCCAUCGAUAGAUGUAGAUACGAUCAAUGAUACCAAUAAUGCAACAGUAAAUGAAUUCACCACCACAACUGGGCCUGGCACAGUCGCUCCAAUACUAUCUAAUAAAACCCAUACCGAAUUUAAGCCCGUAAUCUCAACUACAUUGACUCCAGUUGAUGCGUUUGGAACGACUCAUACCGAGAAUCCUUCGCCGGUAACUGAAGUAUCAACAACAGAGCCAUCGAUAGAUGUAGAUACGAUCAAUGAUACCAAUAAUGCAACAGUACAUAAAUUCACCACAACAACUGGCACUGGCACAGUUGUUUCAAUACUAUCUAAUAAAACUCAUACCGAAUUUAAGCCCGUAAUCUCAACUACAUUGACUCCAGUUGAUGCGUUUGGAACGACUCAUACCGAGAAUCCUUCGUCGGUCACUGAAGUAUCAACAACAGAGCCAUCGAUAGAUGUAGAUACGAUCAAUGAUACCAAUAAUGCAACAGUAAAUGAAUUCACCACCACAACUGGGCCUGGCACAGUCGCUCCAAUACUAUCUAAUAAAACCCAUACCGAAUUUAAGCCCGUAAUCUCAACUACAUUGACUCCAGUUGAUGCGUUUGGAACGACUCAUACCGAGAAUCCUUCGCCGGUCACUGAAGUAUCAACAACAGAGCCAUCGAUAGAUGUAGAUACGAUCAAUGAUACCAAUAAUGCAACAGUACAUAAAUUCACCACAACAACUGGCACUGGCACAGUUGUUUCAAUACUAUCUAAUAAAACUCAUACCGAAUCUAAGCCCGUAAUCUCAACUACAUUGACUCCAGUUGAUGCAUCUGGAAUGACUCAUACCGAGAAUCCUUCGCCAGUCACUGAAGUAUCAACAACAGAGCCAUCGAUAGAUGUAGAUACGAUCAAUGAUACCAAUAAUGCAACAGUAAAUGAAUUCACCACCACAACUGGGCCUGGCACAGUCGCUCCAAUACUAUCUAAUAAAACCCAUACCGAAUUUAAGCCCGUAAUCUCAACUACAUUGACUCCAGUUGAUGCGUUUGGAACGACUCAUACCGAGAAUCCUUCGCCGGUCACUGAAGUAUCAACAACAGAGCCAUCGAUAGAUGUAGAUACGAUCAAUGAUACCAAUAAUGCAACAGUACAUAAAUUCACCACAACAACUGGCACUGGCACAGUUGUUUCAAUACUAUCUAAUAAAACUCAUACCGAAUUUAAGCCCGUAAUCUCAACUACAUUGACUCCAGUUGAUGCGUUUGGAACGACUCAUACCGAGAAUCCUUCGUCGGUCACUGAAGUAUCAACAACAGAGCCAUCGAUAGAUGUAAAUACGAUCAAUGAUACCAAUAAUGCAACAGUACAUAAAUUCACCACAACAACUGGCACUGGCACAGUUGUUUCAAUACUAUCUAAUAAAACUCAUACCGAAUUUAAGCCCGUAAUCUCAACUACAUUGACUCCAGUUGAUGCGUUUGGAACGACUCAUACCGAGAAUCCUUCGCCGGUCACUGAAGUAUCAACAACAGAGCCAUCGAUAGAUGUAGAUACGAUCAAUAAUACCAAUAAUGCAACAGUAAAUGAAUUCACCACCACAACUGGGCCUGGUACAGUCGCUCCAAUACUAUCUAAUAAAACCCAUACCGAAUUUAAGCCCGUAAUCUCAACUACAUUGACUCCAGUUGAUGCAUCUGGAAUGACUCAUACCGAGAAUCCUUCGCCAGUCACUGAAGUAUCAACAACAGAGCCAUCGAUAGAUGUAGAUACGAUCAAUGAUACCAAUAAUGCAACAGUAAAUGAAUUCACCACCACAACUGGGCCUGGCACAGUCGCUCCAAUACUAUCUAAUAAAACCCAUACCGAAUUUAAGCCCGUAAUCUCAACUACAUUGACUCCAGUUGAUGCGUCUGGAACGACUCAUACCGAGAAUCCUUCGCCAGUCACUGAAGUAUCAACAACAGAGCCAUCGAUAGAUGUAAAUACGAUCAAUGAUACCAAUAAUGCAACAGUAAAUAAAUUCACCACCACAACUGGGCCUGGCACAGUCGCUCCAAUACUAUCUAAUAAAACCCAUACCGAAUUUAAGCCCGUAAUCUCAACUACAUUGACUCCAGUUGAUGCAUCUGGAAUGACUCAUACCGAGAAUCCUUCGCCAGUCACUGAAGUAUCAACAACAGAGCCAUCGAUAGAUGUAGAUACGAUCAAUGAUACCAAUAAUGCAACAGUAAAUGAAUUCACCACCACAACUGGGCCUGGCACAGUCGCUCCAAUACUAUCUAAUAAAACCCAUACCGAAUUUAAGCCCGUAAUCUCAACUACAUUGACUCCAGUUGAUGCAUCUGGAAUGACUCAUACCGAGAAUCCUUCGCCAGUCACUGAAGUAUCAACAACAGAGCCAUCGAUAGAUGUAGAUACGAUCAAUGAUACCAAUAAUGCAACAGUAAAUGAAUUCACCACCACAACUGGGCCUGGCACAGUCGCUCCAAUACUAUCUAAUAAAACUCAUACCGAAUUUAAGCCCGUAAUCUCAACUACAUUGACUCCAGUUGAUGCAUCUGGAAUUACUCAUACCGAGAAUCCUUCGCCAGUCACUGAAGUAUCAACAACAGAGCCAUCGAUAGAUGUAAAUACGAUCAAUGAUACCAAUAAUGCAACAGUAAAUAAAUCCACCACAACAACUGGCACUGGCACAGUUGUUUCAAUACUAUCUAAUAAAACUCAUACCGAAUUUAAGCCCGUAAUCUCAACUACAUUGACUCCAGUUGAUGCAUCUGGAAUUACUCAUACCGAGAAUCCUUCGCCAGUCACUGAAGUAUCAACAACAGAGCCAUCGAUAGAUGUAAAUACGAUCAAUGAUACCAAUAAUGCAACAGUAAAUAAAUUCACCACCACAACUGGGCCUGGCACAGUCGCUCCAAUACUAUCUAAUAAAACUCAUACCGAAUUUAAGCCCGUAAUCUCAACUACAUUGACUCCAGUUGAUGCGUCUGGAACGACUCAUACCGAGAAUCCUUCGCCAGUCACUGAAGUAUCAACAACAGAGCCAUCGAUAGAUGUAAAUACGAUCAAUGAUACCAAUAAUGCAACAGUAAAUAAAUUCACCACCACAACUGGGCCUGGCACAGUCGCUCCAAUACUAUCUAAUAAAACCCAUACCGAAUUUAAGCCCGUAAUCUCAACUACAUUGACUCCAGUUGAUGCAUCUGGAAUGACUCAUACCGAGAAUCCUUCGCCAGUCACUGAAGUAUCAACAACAGAGCCAUCGAUAGAUGUAGAUACGAUCAAUGAUACCAAUAAUGCAACAGUAAAUGAAUUCACCACCACAACUGGGCCUGGCACAGUCGCUCCAAUACUAUCUAAUAAAACUCAUACCGAAUUUAAGCCCGUAAUCUCAACUACAUUGACUCCAGUUGAUGCAUCUGGAAUUACUCAUACCGAGAAUCCUUCGCCAGUCACUGAAGUAUCAACAACAGAGCCAUCGAUAGAUGUAAAUACGAUCAAUGAUACCAAUAAUGCAACAGUAAAUAAAUUCACCACCACAACUGGGCCUGGCACAGUCGCUCCAAUACUAUCUAAUAAAACUCAUACCGAAUUUAAGCCCGUAAUCUCAACUACAUUGACUCCAGUUGAUGCAUCUGGAAUUACUCAUACCGAGAAUCCUUCGCCAGUCACUGAAGUAUCAACAACAGAGCCAUCGAUAGAUGUAAAUACGAUCAAUGAUACCAAUAAUGCAACAGUAAAUAAAUCCACCACAACAACUGGCACUGGCACAGUUGUUUCAAUACUAUCUAAUAAAACUCAUACCGAAUUUAAGCCCGUAAUCUCAACUACAUUGACUCCAGUUGAUGCAUCUGGAAUUACUCAUACCGAGAAUCCUUCGCCAGUCACUGAAGUAUCAACAACAGAGCCAUCGAUAGAUGUAAAUACGAUCAAUGAUACCAAUAAUGCAACAGUAAAUAAAUUCACCACCACAACUGGGCCUGGCACAGUCGCUCCAAUACUAUCUAAUAAAACUCAUACCGAAUUUAAGCCCGUAAUCUCAACUACAUUGACUCCAGUUGAUGCAUCUGGAAUGACUCAUACCGAGAAUCCUUCGCCAGUCACUGAAAUAUCACCACCAGAGCCAUCGAUGGAUGUGAAUACGAUCGAUGAUACAAAUAAUGCUACAGUAAAUGAAUUCACCACACUAACUAACCCUGGAACAGUCGCUCCAAUGCUGUCUAAUAAAACCUUUACUGAUUUUGAGCCCGUAAUUUCAACAACAGCAUCUCCAACUGAUCUGUCUGGGACGACUCAUACGGAUAGUUUUUUUUCAACAACACAUAAUACUGUGCGUCUUAUCUCCAAUACGAUAACACCAUCAGCAAUAGAACCCUUUCAUGGAUUUUCGACAACUGAUGAAUCAAUAACUUCUACUUUUACAACGACAACAACAAUGACGCCUCCUCAGUUGCCUCCUUUGCUUAUAAAUCCAUCCAAUAAUUCAACCUCUACAAUUCCACAUGUCUCUCCAUCCUUUUCUUCCUCUAAUCAUUCCCUAAACACUUCUAAUGCAACAACCCCUUCACGAGCUCCUCCACCUGCUUCGAAUCCAGAUUCUCUUGGAAUAACUCCAUCCUUAACUACAUCAUCAAAGCCCUUAUCAGUUCAUUCUGGCAUUCAUCUUACUCUCCAUCCACUUGAGACGAUUCUAUUCCCCAAACCAGCCAAUUCAAAACCUACUUUAUCUCAAAAUCUUCCAAAACCUAAUCCUUGCAUGAUACCGAAUCCUGCUCUUUCUGGAGCUUCCACAGAUCCUCUAUCAACAGAUUGUCUUCCAUCAUCUGGAACAUCCCCAGAAAACUUAUCACUAAAUUCUGCACACAAUCCACCGAACAAUUCAUCGUUUCAUCCUACAGUUGUAUCCAUUCUUCUCUAA